AGCAGAGACCUGUGUAACUUUGUUGUCCAACCAUUGUCACAUGGCAGGGCUGUGCUCCACAGUGUUGGAUAUUAUUAUGGGUGACGUCUGUCUGGCUCAUGGGCACAGUAAUUGGCAGCAGGUCUGGUUGUCUCCCCCACACUCCUCUAAUUGCCCCCUGUCCUGUGCUGCCAGCUGGAGCCCAGCUUCCCUUGGCCUGCCAGGGGGUGGGAGAAAGCCAGGGCCAGGGAAUGGCACACAGCUGCAGGGGCUGAAGUGGAGGGCCAAGGAAAUGAGCCAUUACACAGACAGACCAGAGAGAGGAUGACGAUUUUGGCAGCAGAAUCAACAAUCAAUCUACUCUCCCUCUCAUCUCAAGUUAAAUGGCGUCCGGAUUUUUUGUAAUUUACUCAACACAUUUUGGGAUGUUCCAGCUGUCCUGAGUACAAUAUUGAAGAGCGGUCAAUAAGGGAAGGGGUAUACAGACAUGCCUGGUGCUCAAAAUUAAUGACGUAUUUCAUGCAGAGAGAGUUGAGUGGGGAUGAAUGGAUGUGGUUCAGUUCGUUCAGACAGUCUUCCUGAGCCCUCACCAGCUAGCUACAAUAGUUUAUGCUUGUGGUUAGAAACUUCCUUGAGAUUUUGAAACUUGUCUGCCAAAAUAGGGAAUACGGAGUGUUCAGAAUUAUUCAGUUUUUACCGGAUUUUCAAAAGCAAUUGUGAUUUAGCUGUAACCCUGGCCUGAUGCUACACUAUCUAGCUACUUCCCUCUAAGUUACUGCAGGAGAGCAGUGCAAGGUCGUUUGUUUGCAUUGGUCUGUGGUGUGAAAGAGGGUGGCAGUAAACAACAUGUAGAGCGCCUCUCCCCCUCACUCCAUUCAGCUGGCAUGUCUUAAUGUGAUUUGGUUAAUGGAAACAUUUGAGUGUGUUGAAUAUAAACCAUGCAAUAAUGUGGACCCGUGGAUGGUUUCUGUAGGCCUAUUUAUCAGCUCAUAUGCAGAACAUUUAAAGUGAGUGGGUUGUUGGAUCGCUAUUUCAAGCAGGUUGACCUGAUGCCCUUCCAUAGCCGUGUAGUGUAAGCAUUUCACUGUACCUGUUGUAUUUGGCGCAUGAAGGGGUAAGGUGCACCUGUUUUCACACUACAUGAAGAACCAGGAGCACAUACAGUAUGUUUUGUCUGUGUAUUCUGCAGUAGUCAACGGAAGAACCUAUCCUGCAACAGAACCAUGCCCUCUGUGUAUGAUGCUUUCUUGACAUUGGAGAGCAGAAAAUCCCACACCUAGCCAUGCCUGUUUAAGCCUACAUCUAGUUUAGCCUGCUUUUUCUCUUUCAACGUGACUGCAUUCGUUGUAGGUGGUGAUUUUUUUUUCCCUCGUUCGUUAUAGCCUAUUGGAAAUCUUGUCUAUCCAGUAUUUGCCAUAUGCUUUUCCACAUGCUGAUGACCUUGCCUGUCAAAUUGAGCACCUCACUCCUGUCACUCGGGGUGCGAAAUGCAGUCGUUUCUGAAUUUUACACCACCACGGUGCAGUACGUGCAAGACACGCCCCGUAUUGGAUGGAGGGAACGCAGCUCUCCCUCUGAUCUGGCCAGAGGUACAGUAGUCUACUCUUCGCUGAGCAUGUGGUCUCCGAAGACAUUAUCAACAUGACCGUGAGAGAUGAGUAGGGAUUCUUUACGGUCGGCUACCUAAAACUGGUGGACGAUCAUCUCACGACAGAGGCAAUAGCACAGCUUUUACAUGCAGAGAUGUAGCCUACAACAGCAUCAUUAGCGUCAUAUUACAUAGCCAUAAAACAUGAUAUGAAAUACAUUGCAAUAUUCUGAUUAUUUGUCAAAGAAACAGAAGGCAGAGCGCGACAAACGGACCUGCAAAAGAAUGUAGCUGGGAAUCUCCGGGACUGGCACGAGGCAAUGACUGUCACUGAACUGUUCUCCAUCACCAUCAGGGAGCCAGGUGGCAGCAUGAGAACACAUCACGGCUGAGAGGUCACCAACAUGGAGACGGACAGCUACACCCCGACCCCUGUCCCCAGCGACUGGGCUGGGAUGGUGGUGAGUGUCGGGGCCCUGGAGGCGGUCUCAGGGGGGAGUGUCUCCUCCAGCACAGCCUGGUACAUGCCCUACUCCCUGGGCUUCCAAGUGUCCCUGACUGCCUUCCUUAUGCUGGAGCUGGUGCUGGGCUUCAGCAGCAACAUGACGGUGCUGGUGCUCUACUGCUCUCAGUCCAACCUGGUUGACUCGGUCAGCAACAUGGUCACGGUCAACCUGCAUGUGCUGGAUGUGGUGUUGUGCGUGCUGUGUCUUCCUCUGACCCUGGUGGUGGUGCUGCUACCUCCAGGGCCAAACCUGGCCCUGCUCUGCUGCUUCCACGAGGCCUGUGUCACUUUUGCCUCCAUCUCUACUGCCAUUAACGUGCUGGUCAUUAGUGUGGACCGCUACGACAUCUCCGUCCGGCCCGCCAACCGGUUGCUCACCCCGCGGAGGGCAGGGCUGUUGCUGACUGCUGUCUGGGCCACGUCUCUGGCCGUCUUCUUCAUCCCUUUCCUGGAGGUGGAGUUUCUCACAGGAGGCUCGGAGAAUGGGAAGCCCAUCCCCGCCUCAUCCUCCUCCGCCGCCACCACCGUGGCGCCUGUGUGGCGUAACCGGACGCUGCUGUGUGUGGGCGGCCAGGGCUACCACACAGGCUUGGCUAUGUACUACCACCUCCUGCUGCAGGUGCCCAUCUUCUUUACCACGGUGGCAGUCAUGCUGUUCACAUACUCACGGAUCCUGCGGGCCUUGAACAUUCGCAUCGGCUCCCAUAUUAAGAACAGCCAGCGCUUCAGGCGCCCACACUGUAGGGGGGGCCGUAAGAGACAGAAGCAGAAGGCAAGACUGGGAGUGAUAGAGGGAGGAGAGCAGUGUACAGACACAAGCAAGCCGCUCUCUCACCCUCCCUGCAUCCCCCCCAUCUCCACAGCCACCUCCCCCCCAGCCCUGUCCUCAGACCCUCUGGUCAGCUUAGAAGGCCCUGCCACUGCUGCCCCUGUCCCCGGUCCCACUGUCCAGGCGUCUGUGUCGGCCAUCAUUGCACUGCGGCGGGCUGUGAGGCGUCACCGGGACCGGCGGGAGCGCCAGCGGCGCGUCUUCAGGAUGUCCCUCCUCAUCAUCUCCACCUUCCUGGGCUGCUGGGCUCCUCUGUCCAUGGCCAAUUUGCUGAUCCUGGGCCUGGGCCCCAGCGACACCCUGGUCAGCAUGCGCCUGUGGUUCCUGGCCCUGGCCUAUGGCACCACUGUCUCCCACCCACUGCUCUAUGCCUUCACGAGGCAGAAGCUGCGGCGUGCCCUCAGGGCCAAGGUAAAGAAGCGGGUGGUGUCCCUGCUGCAGUUGGACCCCUCGCCAGGAGGGACAGUCAUACACAACUCCUGGGUGAAGCCAAGGAAGGGAUGUCAGUUACGGCUGGAGGGCAGCGACGCCACUGGCCGUUGCCUGGCAGAGCCCCUGUGAGAACAGCACAGACUGAGUGUGUAUAACACUACUGACAGACCUGCUCGUUAUACAGGUCUGUGUGAAGGUAAUUGACUCUUCACUAAGCCGUCCUCUUAGUUAUUGUUCCUGCCUCGUCAAGAUUUUCCCAGGAAGCCAAAUUCCUCAUUCAAACCACUGGAGAAAACUCAUCACAAUGAUCUCAAACUGUGUUUUUUAUACACAAUUAAAUGAACCAGAAUACCCCUUGCUGAUUAGGAGACUCUCGGGUACAUUGUGGUGGACUCAUCACAAUCGCUUUACAGAAACCUGAUAAAAAUGUAUCUUUUAGUCUGGCUAGCCACUGCCAUGACUCAGCAUGCAGUCAGCUACCACUUUUGGACAGUAGUGUACCCAAUUGUCGUACAUGAGUAAAAGUAAAGAUACCUUCAUAGAAAGUUACUCAAGUAAAAGUCACCCAGUAAAAUACUACUUGAGUAGAAGUGUAAAAGUGUGUGGUCUUAAAUAUACUUAAGUAUCAAAAGUAAAAUGAUAAAUAAUUUCAUAUUCCUUUUUAUUAAGUAAACCAGGCGGCACAAUUGUCUUGUUUUUAUUUAUUUAUUUACAGAUAACCAGGGGCACACUCCAACACUCAGACAUAAUUUACAAACUAAGCAUUUGUGUUUAGUGAGUCCGCCAGAUCAGAGGCAAUAUGGGAUGUUCUUUUGAUAAGUGUGUGAAUUGGACCAUUUUCCUGUCCUGCUAAGCAUUUGAAAUAUAAUGAGUACUUUUUGGUGUCAGGGAAAAUGUAUGCAGUAAAAAGUACAUUAUUUUCUUUAUGAAUGUAAUGGAGUAAAAGUAAAAGUUGUCAAACUAUAAAUAGCAAAGUACAGAUACCCCCCCCAAAAAACGACUUAAGUAGUAUUUUAAAAUAUUUUUAUACCAAUGCUUUUGGAGCUAACUAGUUCUCCCGAUCGUAUCCUGAUGUCGACAGCAGAUGAGAGUUGUACUUAUAAUAGGCCUAUAGAUAAUUUAGCUAGCUGACAUGUAUUUGGAGAAAACAAGUUAUAUUAACUGGCUAGCUAGCUAGUGUUAGCAACGUUUUUUAAUGGUGGCCAAUGAGACUGAGUGCUAGCUAGUAAACAAUACAGCAAAAGUAUAAUUUUUGAAAAAUACUCCAACAGGCUCUGUAUUUCAGGAAUCACAGUAUCAAGUACCCCUAGUGCACUGUUAAAUUAUUUAGACAUUUAAACAAAUCAUUUUGUGAGCAAAUCUACAGUGCCUUGCGAAAGUAUUCGGCCCCCUUGAACUUUGCGACCUUUUGCCACAUUUCAGGCUUCAAACAUAAAGAUAUAAAACUGUAUUUUUUUGUGAAGAAUCAAAAGCAAGUGGGACACAAUCAUGAAGUGGAACGACAUUUAUUGGAUAUUUCAAACUUUUUUAACAAAUCAAAAACUGAAAAAUUGGGCGUGCAAAAUUAUUCAGCCCCCUUAAGUUAAUACUUUGUAGCGCCACCUUUUGCUGCGAUUACAGCUGUAAGUCGCUUGGGGUAUGUCUCUAUCAGCCAAUAUUUAAUAUUUAAUAUUUAAUACUGCCCUCAUUGGCUUCCAUGCGUUUGAAACAAAAACUUGUCCGUGGAUGUUGGACACACGCUUGGUUAGAGACCAAUGGUGCAUUCAUGACAAGACAAACUCGAAACCCCCAAGUUAAAAUGAACUUCAGUUAUUUGUGUAGAGCUUCCAAUUGAUUCUGAUUAGGGUUGCAAAGGGAGGGUAUAUUACUGGAAACUAAGUUUACCAGUAAACUACCAGAAUUUUGAUAUCUUUCAAGUAUUUUAUGUAAUCUAUCGCAAGACAUCUAGUGGCCAUUUUGGGUACUUCAGGUUUGUAAAGCUGUCUAUAAUUAUGUCUGGCCCUCUGUGUGGCCUUAUCACAUGAGGACCAUGAAAUAAGAUGAUUUAAAUAAAACAAUUACUGACACAACUGUUAAACAUUAUCCUUAAUAUAAACCAUCAACUUAGUGAAUACCAUUGGUGUUUAAUAUGAGAGUUUCAGUAUGAAAUGUACACUUAUUUAUUUUACUAUGAAAGUAUGUAUUUGUUUUCAAUGUUUUUGGAUCAAAUUGGUGGCAGAUGUGAAAAAGGUAAAGAAGUAUUUGGAAGAGUUUCAGAGUUAAUUGAAAAUAAUGCCAUUGUUGAUUAAAUUUUUUUUCAUUAAUUAGGCUAUUUUGUCUUGACAUUUCUUUAUAUAUGAAAUGUAUUCAUUUAUAGUAUUCAUUUUUUUAUAUCUGUGUCCAUAUUGUUCAUGAGUUUCUACUAGAUAGACUAUCUACUAGAAACUCAUGAACAAUAUGGACACAAAUAUGAAAAAGGAAUACUAUAUAUAUCAAUAAAAAAAAUAUUCAAGUAUACAUUACCGAAGUUACAAUAGAUUGCCAUAGAUUUCCUGUUAAUUACUGAAGAUUCCAGUACUUUGGUAAUCUACGAGUAGCUUUGCAACCCUAAUUCUGAUACUUUCCAAGUGGGAAAUUCGGUCCUCAUCUUUCUAUAAUAUAUACGUUUCCAUGUCGUAAAUUUCUGACUUUCCGAGUUCCAAGUAGUCUUAAAUGCACCACAAGGCCCCUAGGUUCCGGUCUAUUCCCAGAUAACUUUAUUUUUAUAUAUUAAAUACUGUACAUGUAGACUGCUUAGUUAUUGCAGUUGAACUGAACUCUGGCCAAGACAAUUCCCAUGGACGGCCCCAUAGAGAAGUCAAAUUUGAAAAUUCCUUUAGUCAUCACCUUUGUACAAAAAAACAUCCAUUGAAUUAUUAUUGUCACUGAGGUCGAUUUAUUUUUCUAUCACUCACAGGCGAAGAUAUUAACAUUUUGCAUUCAUGCUCUGACAUCAUGAACCAGCUGUCCAGGGGGAAGAGCCUGUUGGUUUGUUUACCUGAUACCGCCAAAUAUGUUUAUAACUAACCCAAGAUAGACCACAACCUGUCGUUUACAAUGGGAACAAAUUAAUCGUAGUGGGCAGAACAAGCAAGGAGUUGGGCAGAUCCUAUUGGCGCGUUCUAGCAAACUUUUGCAUAUUUCAGUUAUUGAACAACUACUCUGAAGUGCGCAUAAGCAAUAAUUCGUCUUUACGUUCUUCCAAACAAUGCGAUGUCUUACCACUCUGGCAAAGGGUAAAGUCUACAACACUUUGUCCGCUCUGUUGAUAACAGAUUUUAGUUUUGGGAAUUGUAUUGAGAUCAAAUAUUUAAUUGAUGAGAACAUUUCAGACAAAAUCAUUCUCGUUCCCUCUUCUCCCACUGCCGGCCACUGGGCUUCCAAUAUCACGAUUUGGUAGUGACUGGAAACGCUAAGCGGAUGCUUCACAUUUAUACAUUCGGUGAAGUAUCUGUCUCAUUGUUCUGUCUGUGAUACUGCUGUUUGUCCAGUGCACACUAAGUGGUAGUGCGCAGGCAUAGUCAUUCUGCUGAAUGCCGAUGUAGAAAGAUGGCAACAGCCACAAAACGGCGAUUGUAAAGAUUAUGUUGAAAACCACGGUCGUCCAAUUUGGACGCUGUUUCCAUUCCAUAUAUACCAGAAAUACUUUAAGAAAUGAGAUGGGAACCUCAAUGGCCAAUGAAUGGAGGAACGUAAAAGGCCCCGCUCAGCAGACUUUUGAUCAUUUGAGUUCACGUUGUCAGGCCACGCAAUCCCUUCUAAAGGUAAUGAUAUGAGUCGAGAAACCUGCCCAUUUUCCUGAAAAGUACCAAAUGUCCCGAUUUGAAAGCUAUAUGGUUAUUAUCUCCCAUCUUGGAAAAUAUGUAUAAAUGUUGUGUUUUAUUAGCUAGCACCCAAUUGACUCCCAUUCACUCCAUGUCCCAAUCCCAACAUCGCCUAGAAUGAACCGCGCGGCAAUGUACACAAUAGGUGUUAAUAUACGAAUUGAAUGGAUUUUCCCAUCUCAUUUCUUAAAGUAUUUCUGAGGUAUACCUCAACGUUAGAGACCGUUCCUAUCCAACGGUGCACUGCAAUUGGUUGCCAAAAAAUCUGGGGCGAGGCUUAGGGAAUUGUCAGUAAUACACUGUAGCAUCCACCUCGGGGACAUAGUACAAUAUAACCACCAGCAAACCAGUGCUGGAUUUCAGAAACACAACUUGCAGCACUAUAGUCCAACCAUGUUGUUCCAUCUCUGUGUCCUCAGCCACCUUACUCUGCCUCCAAUACUAAUAAAUUAUUUGUUAGAACAAACAAAGCAUAAAAUAUAAGAUAAUGACAGGUCAAACAUUGGUCAUCUUUAAUAUUACUAAAGUGUCUGUUUACAAAUGGAAACAUAUAUGGUAUAUCAUUGAAUACACUCCCUAGAUGCUUAUGUAACUUCUGUACAGUAUGAGUCUAUUUAGCCAGCAGAGGAUCAGAAUGCCACCCACUCAAGCAUUCGAAGGCAGCUUCCAACACAAAAACAUUGACACUCAUAGAUACACAAAUACAGAUCCUUUGGAUCUGCUAAAUGUUACUGAUGCCUUAAUUCUAUUAAGAAUGAUUCAUUGAUUCUGAAUGAGAAUAUUAGUACAUGUGUAUAUCCUUCCUGAUAUAAGACUUAAUUAUACUCUUAGAAAAAAGGUUUCAAAAGGGUUCUUCGGUUGUCACUAUAGGAUAACCCUUUUGGGUUCCAGGAAUAACUUUUUGGGGUUCCAUGUAUACCUAUUUUGGGUUCCAUGUAGAACCCUCUGAGUAAAAUAGUUUUCAAAGGGUUCUCCUAUGGGGACAGCCGAAGAAGAAGUUCUCGGUUCUUGAUAGCACUUUUUUCUUCUUCUAAGAUUGUAUGUACAUAUUGUGAACACUAUCAACUAUUCAUAUGUAAAUAGAGGGGGGGGGGGGGUUAAAGAACUUACUCCUGUAUGUAAUAGACAGUGUUGCGUUGGAUAGUUUGUAGUAAACAGAUGUUUUAAUAUUAACAGAAACUUCCAUAAAGCUCAUAAAUGUGUCUACUCUUUGGCACUGAAUUUGUAAUCAUGUAUUGAUAUUUAUUUAUUGCGGUGUGCUGUAAAUUAAAUAGACAUUGACAUUACUUAUUCAAUGUGAUUUCCACCUUGUCUAUUGAUCCCCAAAUCAUUUGGUCAUGUAACAAAGAGUGAUCUUGUCAGCCCCUGUGUCAAACCAAUUCAACACCUUUGCAGAUACAAAGGUCCCUAGAGCUGGCGUAACUGAACAGGAAAGUGUUUUCCCCAUAAUUGUCCUGUAUGAAACAAAUGUAGGUUUUUGCACUUCUGGUAUAUUUACGUUUGUUUGUUGUUUACAAAAAAUUGUAAUAAUACAUGAAAAUAUAGGACUGAAAGAAGUUAUAUGUGUUGAUCAGGUAAAAACAAAACUGAACAACACUUGGCUUGUGUUUGAUUUCUGCACAACACUGUUCUGUGGUGUAGGACCUUCAUCCUCCUGUGGGACUUUUCGAUUUAUUGUCAUAAAACCUGAGACAAAUCUGAUGGAUUUAUGGUAGGCCUACUGAAUGCUCACACUUGGUGUAUAUACGCAUGUAUUCAUUGUAUAACUUCUAAUUGUGUUUUCUUGUAUCUGAAUACAUAGAAAGAAGACACUGACCAUAUCAAUAAAUUUGACUAUUGUAUUGGGGCUUUUGUUUGCAGUCAGUUACCUUUUUAUCUGGCUUCUCUACUCCUGUGUUCUUGUCAUCUAUAGGUUUUUCAAUAGGAAGCACAUUUCAUCCCUGAAUAAAGAUGGUUUCACACACAUUGCUAUA